GCUUUUUCUGCACAAGCGGAGGACGCUGCACCUAGCGUAGCAGCUCCCUUUUUUAAUGGGCAUUUAUGUUUUUGUGACCUCAUAGCUAUUCGCCUUGGAUUCCGCAACUUUGCUCUGCACCUGAGAAGGCCUUUUCCAGAUUCUGAAUUGACAUCAUGGGGCCGCCCACUGGAGCCACCGGCCGCGGUGCGUCUCAGUCACCAAAACAAUCCAGCAAGCAAUCUCCAUCCCAGCAAGACACGCAGUCCGAUUCCAAACGUGACACCGCCGUCAAGGCCGACGAGCCGACCGAUACCGAGCCCGCAAAACCGCUUGCCCCCCCGCCGCGUCCAAACCAGCAACAUCAAGGAUCGAACAGCCCCGACUACUUCGGGAACGCGCCAGCAGGGUCGCUGAGUCUGGAGCCGAACCCCUUCGAACAAUCGUUCAGCGGCGCUCCCCCCGAAACUCCCGGUGGCACGAAGCUGCCCUCUGUCGCAGCACUCACAUCCCCGUCUUCUCUUCUUCCCGGAAACACGCCGUUCGCUUGGGGCGGUGGCUCCCUGCGGACCGGCCCGCUCAGUCCGGCCAUGCUAUCAGGGCCGACAAAUGAUUACUUUAGCGACACCCAUCACAUCCGCGGCAGCUUUCCGACCCCGAACGAAUCAUCCCUGCGAACCGGUCUGACCCCCGGGGGCAGCGGGUCCAUGUUCCCUGCCCCAAGUCCGACCACACAGGCUAUGUUCGGCCUCGCCGGCGGCCCCAGUGCGACGCCCGGCACACUCGACUUCCACCGGACUGCGCUCAGCGCUGCCGCUGCUAAGCGCGAGCAAGCCCAGGCGCAUCAACAACAAGCGCCGCCUGCGGCGCCCACCUCGCAGCCGCUGGAGAUGUCUAACGGAGCGCAGGCUCCCAAGACAGAGUCGAAGGCUCCUACAGGGCCCUUCGAUCCCCACGAUAACGACGCGGCAAACGGUCUUUUCCUGCUGGCCCAGGGGCGGAACAGCGCUCAGCCAUCCUCUAGCCAACAGUACCCUCCGGUCCCGCCUGCACAGGUGCAAUCCCAGCCGACCACCUCCGCUCCGGCUGCGCAGCCCCUCAACACAUCUCCGCAAAUGAACGGCGCGCCCUCGCUCACGGGCAGUUCGGUCAGGGGCACUAGCGAAGUCAGCCAGGGGUCGGAGGAGAGUGAAACCGCACGCCCCAACACCCGCACAAGAGGGAAGCGCAACUCGGGAGGUGCAGCUCCGAACUCGCGGCGCAAGGCCGAGGAAACCACUGCAACUAAGGCUCCCGCGAAUAAGAAGCAGAGGUCAAACGGUGGCGCGUCGAUAAGCAGCGUGGACAUGGACCAUUCUGAGGAGGAGCGCCAUGAGAAGAUUGGCAAGGAAGAGAACAACAACAACAAUAACAGCAACAGUAACAAUAACAAUAACAACAAUAACAACAACAACAACAAUAACAAUAACAACAGCGGGCCAAAGGCCAAAAUGACAGACGAGGAGAAGCGGAAGAACUUUCUCGAACGUAACAGGUGCGCCCGGUCCACGUUAUCCGGUCGUACAACAACUAUGGCGCUAACAGGUUUCACAGAGUGGCUGCGCUCAAGUGCCGUCAGCGGAAGAAGCAGUGGCUUGCCAACCUUCAGUCCAAGGUGGAGAUGUUUUCUACUGAGAACGAGACACUCACCCAGCAAAUUACCCAACUCCGCGAGGAGGUGGUGAAUCUGAAAACCCUGCUCCUCGCCCACAAAGACUGCCCAGUCACUCAGCAACAGGGUCUCCACAAUGCAUUCAUGCAGCAGCCCAUGGAAGCCUUCAAUCCUCCCAUGAAUCCUUAUGGCAUGCCACCUCCGAUGGCGGGUCAGCCCGUCAUGGCGGGCCAG